CGGAGUCAACUAGUCUUCUUCCGCUUUACUGACAUUUGUAAAAUAUGUCAGUACGGGUAGUAAUCAUGUCCGAGUUCGAUCAGACUCUGUCAAGAUCGACCUGGUGCUGCAUAGUGAAUUGUCAGUCUGGUUUUACCAGGUCGGGAGAGAGUCGUCGGUCUACCAGAGAUGGUCCAUCUCGUACCGAAUCGAUACGAUCGGAACCGCCGAUCGAUGAGCAGUGGCUGUCACCAACUGCUCCUUGAUGAUUCCUAGUGAGGACUUGCACGUUUCCUCUCAAGCGGAGCAUGUCAUGCUUUGUUUUGGUUAUCUGCGGUGGCCGGGCUGGUGCUCCCAUCAGUUCAGUUCAAAUCUACUUACACUGGUCUACAAAUUGCAACGGUUGGAGUGAAUUCAUUGUGAAACACGAGAGAACGUCCAACCUAGCGGCCCCAGCUCAAGAAGGGUCUUAGCCCAACAGCCGAGCUUUCGUCCCGUGAUGAUGUUUCAAUGCAUUUCCUCGUGCCGAGAAUUUCCAAAGCAGUUUUGUUCUCCCAAGAUGCAGGCACACUCUUUGUCCACGAAUUUAUCAAUUUCUGUGCAGGGGUCAAUUUCGAGUCUGGAAUAGUCUCCGGACUAGUUGCUAAAGUGUGGGGUCUUCGUGGAUGGAUUUUGAAAGUUCAAUCCGCAAUUAUGAGCUAAUUUUUUGAAAAGGGAAGUUGAUUGGGUUGGUGGAGAUCACCUUUGCGGAGUAACGAUUCUGCAAUUGAUUUCUUUCGUGAUGGCGCACUGUUCCCUCUUCACUAUUUGCGGUGUUCUCCCCGACUCCCUACAGCAUCUUGGUGGUUGAAGCGGCUUGGUAUUUAAUUUCUGCCAACAGAGAGGCACAAUUGUGGAGCAUUUUGUUUGGAUAUUUGCGAAAGAUCGUUGGGGUUGCAGCUCUUUUGGAUUCUGCUUCUUCGGCCUGUAAUUCGCAUUCACCUUGUCUUCAUACAAUUUCUACAAGCAAACCAAGUGAUAUUCGGAAACCAGAAUUUCAAGAUUGAACUUCAAAAAUCAUUUCCCUGUUUUGCGAUCCAUAUGCUGUGGCUCCAUUUACUCGAUCGCUAGUGAAGAGGAUAUAGUUUGUGCUAUAAAUUGCGAACAGGAUCGACGAUGGGUCCAAGAAAAAGUCUAGGUAGCGAUGUGCCAGAGACAAAUUUUCCAGCCAUCCUGGAAAAAAGGCCGUUGUUGGAUCCUUCUGUGAUGGAAAGGAGCCCCUUGUCAGAUUGCGCCACCAUGGCUGGUCGAGGAGACCUUCGGGGUUGGUCCAGCUUUUCCUCGUCCAGAUCAUCUCUUUACAGAUCCUUCGCCUACCAAGAUCCAUCAAAGCAGACCAAUCACACGUCUAGAACUCGGUUGAGCAGAUCUGGGGCCAAGUUUCUGAAUUCAGACACUGAAGAUGAGCAACCGAAGCUGCAGUCCUCAGGCUGCAAAGUUCCUCUCCGUCGUUCCCAAUCAGCUCCUCGGCUUCGCUCCAGUCCUUCCCAACCAUACCCUUGUCUUCAGCGCACCCCACAGUCUUAUCGAGCGAGCCCACAACAUUCAUGCCAAAUUCGGUCGAGUCCCCAGUACCGGGUGAAUCCCGUCCUGAAAUUCAACGAGAGUCUGCUUCCGGAAAGAAUGAACUACGGCAUUGCAGGCUACAACACUAGCCGACGGCAAAGAAGCUCGAUGUCAAGCACAAGGGUCUGCGAGUUCGACAUGAGCUCUAGGACCAGUCAACCCAGCAGGGUCUUCAAUUCGAGGGAAGCUUGGACCAGACGGUUUCUGAAGAGAAUGUCUCGCUCUCGAGUUCACAUUACUUGCUCUAGAUUGCUCAAUAGGUUUAAAAGGAGAGCUAGCCCCUAGAGUUACAACAACUGAGAUGAACCUCUACAAGGUCAUAGAAAGAUAAACCAUAAGACUUGUGAAACACACAACCUUGGGGGCGUGACUCAUACCAGGUUCUGGAUCUCUAGCAUGCUAGUAGUGCUCAUCUGAUACUCCUCGAAUGUGUCUCUGAGAUGACCAUUUCUAAAUGCUGCUCUAUGCAACUCCCUGCCGAACAGUUCCAUCACUAUCAGUUGUGGAAUAUUUGCAGUCUAUCUGUUCAAUCACUGCCGAGACAAAGCUCCCUGGCUCACCUCACUACAGAGCUGGAGUAUGAGACAAUUAUUCUUCGUUUCGUUGCGAGCUGCGAUACUCCCACUGAUUUAGAUCGCCUCACUUUCACACAUUUCAUAGAAAGGAGAUGUGCGCAUCAGCAAUUGACUAGACCCAGAUUGAACUAGAACGAGUAGCAGCAAUUCAAAGACCUGCUUCGUGGCCUCUUCGUAAAGUUCACGACAGUGGAGGGCAUGAAGACUCACUUCAGAAUCAAAGUCAUAAACACUGACUCAACACACAACAUGGCUAAGAUGAGAACACAAAUCAGAAUGAUGGUGGAAGCUUCCAGAGGAUCAGGAUCUCAAUAGUGGACGCCAUGC